AUGGACGAAAUACUUGGUUUUGUCAAUGAAAAGGUCGUCAAGUUGUCCCACAACCUCGGGAUCUCCCCUGACGAGCUGGGCAUCGACGAAGCCACUUUUUCGUAUUCUUUAGUGGGUGGGUUCCUUAUCGUUCAUUUUCUCCUUUACUUCAUUGCUGCCAAUGCAUCAUCUUCCCGCGAUGCGAAAUUCCGCGCCCUCUCGGAAGAGAAAUCAAUGGAACUUCUAAAGCGCAUGAAAGCUAGAAUCGACGAGGCGAAUAAGCCACAGACGAAAAACGUUGCACUCGAGCAGAGUAAAAUUGAGUUGGAAAGGCUAAAAGAGCAAAAGAAAAAGCUCCUAGACCAGCACACUCAGGUCGAGCGCGCGUGUCAUGCAGUUCAAGCGAAAGAUCCUGAGUACAAAGCAAUAGUUCAAAAGGCAAAUGAUGAAUACACGCAAAUGUACCAACAAGUGGCGUACAAAGAACAAGAGCUCGCCCGAAUGCGGGAGGCUUAUCAACAGCAGCUCGCUUAUCAGGAUCGAACAGAGGAACUGGAGCAGCGAAAACUCGGUUUAGAAAAACUUCAACGAGACUUUGCCGAUGCAAAAAGGAAGCGCGACAAAACUGCCAAGCAAAACGACAAGCUUCGAAAGGAGGUCGAAAAAAUUACCACUGAUCGGGAAAAAAUGCAACAACAGAUAAAUGCUUACAAAGCUAGCCAGGAGCAAUUUAAAGCAGAAGAAGAUGCAUUCAAUUCCGCAAUUGCGUAUAUUCAAGAAAACACAAAUGUUCUUCAAGUGGCACUAGAAAAAUUGGCAGAGGGGGCAUCAGACAAAGAGAAAAAUCAAAUCGUUGAUGAGCUCUUUGAUGUCGAAAAAGCAGCGUUUGAGGUCGAAACUGCUCAGAAUGCUGUUAACAAAACUCAAGAAAGUCUGAAUGCUCAGGAAGCUGCUUUGAAAGAAAAAGAAAAUCAGUAA